UGUAAUCCUGUUCCUGUCCAAAAAAUCCUAAUCCCCGAAAGCCACCCGUCCAGUGGCUAUAACCAGACCCCGGUAAUGGCCGCCGCCGCCGCCUUUGCGCCGGCCACGACCACUCUCCGGUUCAGCUCUUACUCAACCCUACGCUUCUUCAAAACAAGUUUUAGGUUCCAUCUGCUGCCACCCAAUCCCGAUGUUUUCCUUCCAAAAUUUCAAUUCCAUUUCGCUUCGCUCCCGCUCUCCGGCGGGGAAUUUGGUAAGAGGCACUUUUGUAGUGUGGUUCCCGCGGCCCUUCAGCAUUCCGGGGAUAGGGUGGCUGCCGCCGAUGCUGUGGAGCAGCCGGCGGGAGGAUUAGGGAACAGAGUUGGGGAGUUCAGGAAGAAGUUGAAGAUUGCCGAUGUGAAAGGCGGUGCUAAUGAAGGUUUGGACCGUGUGGGUCAGAAUGUGGUUUUGAUGGGUUGGGUUAGGACACUUCGGUUGCAGAGCAGCGUCACAUUCAUGGAGGUUAACGAUGGUUCUUGCUUGUCGAACAUGCAAUGCGUACUGAACCCAGAAGCUGAAGGCUAUGAUCAGGUAGAGUCUGGUUCCAUAGCUACUGGUGCGUCAUUAUGUGUACAAGGAACUAUAGUUGAGAGCCAGGGGUCGAAGCAGAAAGUGGAACUGAAGGUCAACAAAAUUGUACUGGUUGGCCAGAGUGAUCCAUCAUAUCCAAUGCAGAAGAAAAGAGCCACCAAAGAAUUUCUGAGAACAAAAGCUCAUCUUCGUCCUAGAACAAACACAUUCAGUGCGGUUGCACGGGUGAGGAAUGCUUUAGCAUAUGCUACCCACAAGUUUUUUCAAGAAAAUGGGUUUGUUUGGGUCUCGAGUCCUAUCAUCACAGCCUCAGAUUGUGAAGGAGCUGGUGAACAGUUCUGUGUAACUACAUUGAUUCCGAGCUCUCAAGAAGUGACUGAAUCACCUGUAGAUGGCAUUCCCAAGACAAAGGAUGGAUUGAUUGAUUGGUCGCAGGACUUUUUUGGAAAACCGGCAUUUUUGACAGUGUCUGGCCAGCUCAAUGCUGAAACAUAUGCUACUGCUCUCUCAGAUGUAUAUACAUUUGGUCCAACAUUUCGUGCAGAGAACUCCAACACUUCUAGACACUUGGCAGAGUUUUGGAUGAUUGAACCAGAACUUGCGUUUGCGGAUCUUAAUGAUGACAUGGCUUGUGCAACUGCCUAUCUCCAGUAUGUAGUGAGACAUAUCCUUGAAAAUUGUAAGGAGGACAUGGAAUUUUUCAAUACUUGGAUCGAGAAGGGGAUCAUUGAUCGCUUAACAGAUGUGGCUGAAAAGGAAUUUGUGCAGUUGACAUACACUGAUGCAAUUGAACUUCUUCUUAAAACAGAUAAGAAGUUUGAAUUUCCGGAGAUCAAGGCAUUUUAUAUGCGUCAAAAUGAUGAUGGAAAAACUGUAGCUGCCAUGGAUUUGUUGGUUCCUCGGAUCGGGGAGCUGGUUGGCGGAAGCCAAAGAGAAGAACGGCUUGGAUAUCUAGAAGAUCGUUUGGAGGAAUUGAAGCUCAACAAGGAGAGCUACUGGUGGUACCUCGAUUUGCGGCGUUAUGGUUCAGUUCCUCAUGCCGGGUUUGGAGUUGGAUUUGAGAGGCUAGUGCAGUUCGCCACUGGAUUAGACAAUAUCAGAGACACCAUACCAUUCCCUCGGUCGCCUGGCUCGGCCGAGUUCUGAUUCGAGUAAAGAGUUUGACAAUACUAGGUUCAUUACGAAUAAAAGAUCCCAAAGUUAAAAUACUCAUUCUUGUGUUGUUUCAUGUACAUUACCACUUGUUUCAGGAUUUCAUUCUAACGCGGUUCUUGGUCCACUGCGAUAAUUUAAUGGCCACUUCCUGUAAGAUGGGAAAAAGGCAAGUAUUUUUGUUGUUAACAGUUGUUACCCGUGUUAACUGUAAGGACCGAAGACGAAAUGACUAACCAGAUUUUGUCGUUUAGUUCUGAUUUGUCUUGUAAUGCGUCCCAAUGUAAAUGAGAUUAUGAGGGGCGGUGAAAAAAUUCAAAACUACCACUGUUUUAAAAAAAAUUUACAAAAUACCAAGAAUUUCCAAGAAUUUCCAAAUCUACCACUGUUUA